UACAUCGUAUCGUGUGAAAGAACCUCAAGUGGAUCCCUUUUAACCAUAGAGGGGAAAGGCAUGAGUUGUGAUCUGGAGAGGGAUCUGCUUUGAUCAGGGGAUAUAGGAAGCCUUGAGAGGUAGCACUCCUGUAAUAAUGUCGGUGAGCGUCCACGAGAACCGUAAGUCCCGAACUAGUACCGGUUCAAUGAAUAUCUUGCUGUUCCACAAAGCCUCCCACCCAGAUUGUGUCUUGUCACACUUGAACACCAUGAGGAAGCACUGCAUGUUUACGGAUGUUACCCUCUGGGCUGGGAAUAAGUCAUUCCCGUGCCACCGUGCGGUGUUGGCGGCAUCCAGCCAGUAUUUUGAAGCAAUGUUCAGCAACGGACUUCGCGAGAGCCUUGGAGACGAGGUGAAUUUCCACGAUAGCUUGCACCCGGAGGUGUUGGAGCUGCUUCUGGACUACGCGUACUCCUCCAAGAUCAUCAUCAACGAGGAGAAUGCGGAGUCCCUCCUGGAAGCUGGCGACAUGCUGCAGUUCCACGAUAUUCGAGAUGCCGCUGCGGAGUUUCUCGAGAAGAAUCUGUAUCCUUCCAACUGCUUGGGCAUGAUGAUGCUAUCGGACGCUCACCAGUGCAGGAGGCUCUACGAGCUCUCUUGCCGGAUGUGCCUGGUCAACUUUGAGAUAGUCCACGGGAGCGAAGACUUCAACACCCUCUCCAAGGACACGUUGCUAGACUUGAUCUCCAGCGACGAACUGGAGAUCGAGGAGGAGGAGAAGGUCUUCAAGGCUGUCAUGCAAUGGGUGAAAUACGACUCGGACAAGCGGAAGGUUUUCCUCCCAGAACUGUUGAAGAAUGUGCGUUUGGCCUUGCUGCCGUCCGAAUGCCUCAAGGAAGCCGUGACCUACGAGGAGCUGAUCGUCUCAGAGGAGCAGAACAAGCAAAUUCUGGACGAGGCCCUUCAGUGCAAAAAGAAAAUCUUGCAGAAUGAUGGGGUGGUCACCAGCCCUUGCGCCAGGCCUCGCAAAGCUGGACAUACUUUGCUCAUCUUGGGUGGACAGACGUUCAUGUGCGAUAAGGUCUACCAAGUAGAUCACAAGGCAAAAGAGAUCAUUCCCAAAGCAGACCUGCCAAGUCCGAGAAAGGAGUUCAGCGCUUGUGCCAUCGGUUGCAAAGUUUAUAUUACUGGUGGGAGAGGCUCAGAAAAUGGAGUCUCAAAGGAUGUCUGGGUUUACGACACUGUUAACGAGGAGUGGUCGAAAGCUGCCCCAAUGCUUAUAGCUCGGUUUGGACAUGGUUCAGCGGAACUAGAAAACUGCCUUUAUGUGGUUGGUGGCCACACUGCCGUGGCUGGAGUCUUUCCCGCUUCCCCGUCUGUUUCUCUGAAGCAGGUGGAAAAGUAUGAUCCCAUUGCCAACAAAUGGACUAUGGUAGCCCCCUUGAGGGAUGGCGUCAGCAAUGCAGCGGUCGUAAGUGCGAGACUGAAGCUCUAUGUCUUCGGUGGGACCAGUAUUCACCGGGACAUGGUAUCCAAAGUCCAGUGCUACGAUCCCGCAGAGAACCGGUGGACGAUUAAAGCACAGUGCCCCCAGCCAUGGCGGUACACGGCAGCUGCAGUCCUCGGCAGCCAGAUUUUCAUCAUGGGUGGGGAUACAGAGUUCACAGCAGCAUCUGCCUAUCGAUUUGAUUGUGAGACGGACCAGUGGACGCGGAUCGGAGACAUGACAGCCAAGCGGAUGUCAUGCCACGCUCUGGCCUCGGGGAACAAACUCUAUGUGGUGGGCGGCUAUUUUGGGACGCAAAGGUGCAAAACACUGGAUUGUUAUGACCCUACCUCCGACACGUGGAACUGUAUCACGACGGUGCCUUACUCCCUCAUCCCCACAGCGUUUGUCAGCACGUGGAAACACUUACCAGCCUGAUGAAGUCUACUUCUCAAAAUGAGCAGCUUAUGGAGAUACCAAUGUCAAGUUCAUUAGAUCACUGCUGAUGCUGAAGACCACACAGAUUGCUCCUAUGAGGUUCUUUCCUUCAAAAGCAUCAGGGUGGGGAGAUGUGUUAGGUUGACGCAAGAAAAAACUUAAGGUAACACUGAUGGGAUGGGUGGGCCUCUUAGUCCACUCCAAGAAGAGGAAGAGAACUAAGCACCAGAACGUGCUUGUGAGGUGGCGAUUACCCAGUACCACAAAGGCACCAUAUUGGUAACAGUUGGGCUGGGAAGAGAGCCUGCCAAAUUCUGGAAGGGACUUCAAAAGCCUGUCCAUGUUUCCAAACGUCUUCCAUGACUUCCAGAACUCUGGGCUGCUGCGUGAAUUUCAGUAAGAAGCACAUCGCCGCAAGGGCUAGAACUGGGUCUAAUCGUUUUUGAAAAUGAUCUCAUUUUAUACUUUGAUGUCCCUUGGCAUCUGGCAGUUUUAAUAAAAUUCUUCAAGAAACCACAUGGCUUUUCAUGGGACUUUUCCUUUUGAAGUAGCCCUGAC